ACAACGACGAUGAGGAUGAUGAGAAGGAGGACGGGAAGGCGGCCGAGGCCAUCGAACUCGGGCCCAGGGUCAGCAUGAAGGACCAGCUGGGGAAGGACAAGGAUGCUGAGAGCCUGAGGAGAUGGAAGGAGCAGCUCCUGGGCAGCGUCGAUUUGAACUCCAUUGGAGAGACGCUGAGCCAGACGUGAGGAUCACGAGCCUCUCCAUCCUGUCGCCCGCCUGGCCGGACAUCGUCCUGCCGCUGCCUGCGGAGCCCAACGGCAAGGGGCCGUGGUUCACGCUCAAGGAAGGCAGCGCCUACAGGCUCAAGUGUAUCUUCUCCGUCCGCGCCAACAUCGUCUCCGGCCUCUGCUACACCAACACCGUCUGGAAGACAGGCAUCAGAGGUCAAUUGAUCGUCUUUACAGUGGACAGCAGCAAGGAGAUGCUUGGCACGUUCAGUCCUCAGACCGAGCCCUAUACCUACCUGACGCCCGAGGAAACCACCCCAUCCGGAAUAUUUGCUCGGGGAUCGUACUCUGCAAGGACAAAAUUUCUCGACGAUGACCGGAAGUGCUACGUGGAGAUGAACUACACAUUCGACAUCCGCCGGGAGUGGCUGUGGAGCUGACGAGCAGCGUGCUUCGGAGUCCUGACUGAUUCAUCUGUUCAACACGGGCAUGGACGCUUCUGCUCACUUUCUUCAGGUAGUUUCAGACUUUCUGAGUGUAGCACUGCAGCCUUAUUCUUUUCGUUCCAUUCAUCAAGUCAGUACGCUAGUGUGAGGUGCAUCUUGUUUCCCUGUGAACUUCGUAUUGAUUCAGAGAAAUGUAGCUGGAUUUCCUCGCAAUGCAUUCUAAUUCCAAUAUACCAAUGUGUAAAGUGAUCGGUUGGGGUAAUGAGUUGACAACAUGCACAACGGUAUCUGAGUCAAUUCACAAUAAGAGAAAUUAUCAUAAGGAGGUUCAUUAAUAAAUGUCAUUAUGUUAUUACC